CGUGUCGCAGAUCCGUGUUGUUGAUGCUGGAAGCGCGGCUCUGCUGGAACAAACGUCCCCUUUGCUGCUUCCUAAAUACGACCAGGGAUCGAUUUUUGCUGAAAAUGAAAUUGCACAAUGUUUUAGCUUUAUAUUAGCAGUAUUUGAUCGGGUUCGUUCCGAAAAGCUAAUGCUAAUCAGCCUAGCUAGCUAGCUAAAUUGUCAACAAAACCUGGACAUUUAAAGCAGAUAGAGAAUAUUUAAUAAACUGGCAAUUUCUUGAAAGUGGAGCAUGGGUUAGUUUGUUUCUAUUUUUGGUUGCAAUUUGUAAAAUAAUUUGGAGCAGAGGCGUAGACAGUUAGAUUAGCUUCUGAUGCUAGCUGCCAUCAGCUCGAUACUUGAUAUUUUGAGGUAUUCAGGGGAAACUGGAGGCUGUCCGCUCUGGGGCUCGGAUGUUUCUGGCUGUUAGCGGAUUUUUGUGCAUGAAAGCGAUGCCAUGAUGGUGUUACGGAGGUUACUGAGGAAGCGCUGGGUGCUGGGGGUCGUCUUCGGGCUGUCUCUCAUCUACUUUCUCACCAGCACGCUCAAGCAGGUACAGGAGGAGCGGACGAUACGAGACCGCACGCUCCUGCAGGUCCGAGACCCGGACCACCGCAUUCCAUGGAAAGUCCGCUUCAAUCUGGGCAACAGCAGCCGGCAGAUCAGUCAGUGCCGAAACUCCAUCCAGGGCAAGUCUCUGCUGACGGACGAGCUGGGUUAUGUCUGCGAGAGGAAAGACCUGCUGGUUAACGGCUGCUGCAACGUCAACGCGCCCAGCACCCGGCAGCACAUCUGUAAGAGCUGCCUGGCCAACGGCUGCUGCAGCAUCUACGAGUACUGCGUGUCCUGCUGCCUCCAGCCCGAUAAGCAACUUCUCCUCGAGCGCUUCCUGAACCGUGCAGCCGAAGGUUUCCAGAACCUCUUCACUGCUGUGGAGGAUCAUUUCGAGUUGUGCCUGGCCAAGUGUAGGACGUCGUCCCAAAGCGUCCAGCAUGAGAACACUUACCGGAACCCGCAGGCCAAGUACUGCUACGGCGAGAGUCCUCCAGAGCUACUUCCUGUUUGACGUGGAGCCGGCGCCGCAGCUGCAAAUGAAUCUCUUUCCUGGAAAAAUGUGCAUUCGUGUGAAAGUAAACCUCAAAAGAGGAAGAGACGCUUUAGUGAUUUUUAUGUUUUACACUUCAUAAGUGCAUAGAACGCUUCGUAAAUUCAUCUGUGAUGAUCAUCGAGUCUGAAGAACCGGCAGCUCAUCAAUCAGGAUUCACUUCACAUAUACGGUCACGUCAUGGGCUUAUUUUGUUUUUUUCUUUUCCUCUCCUCUCCGAUCAUUGUGUCAUUUUAGUGUACUCUCCAUGAAUAUGAAAUUACUAUUUAAUAAAAGCAGCUGUGAAACGAGA